AUGAUCAACAAUAAGUGUAUCCCACAUACCCCGUCUGAUACUAGGCAUAGAAUUAGGCAGCUUGCGUACUUUCAGAUGAUACACGAGUCUGAUCUUGUGUGUCGACAAAGCACGUAUAUGGACAGGCGAACAUUUGCUAUUCUAUGCCAUAUGCCUAGGACUGUAGAUGGUCUUUGUUCGACAGAGAUUGUCGAUGUUGAGGAAAUGGUUUCAAUGUUCUUGCACAUUCUUGUCCAUGACGUGAAGAACUGCGUAAUUCAGCGAGAAUUUGUACAAUCAGGUGAGACAGUAUCUCGACAUUUCAACCUCGUCUUGUUGGUUGUGCGACGUCUCCACAACAAGUUGAUAAAGAAACCUGUGUCAAUAACAAACAACUGCACAGAUCAACGUUGGAAGUGUUUCGAGUUGAGAAGGAUCCGCAGUAGACUCGCGGAUUCUACCGGAUGCCCUUGCACGACCCAACGGAUUGCAAGUGCCAAAGGAGGCCAAAGGUACCGCUUGCAAGAGUGGCGUGGUGCUGGAAAUGCCCCAACUACUGCAAAGGAAUACUUCAACAUGAAGCACUCUUCUGCGAGGAAUCUGAUUGAGCGCGCGUUUGGUCUUCUAAAGGGUCAUUGGGAAAUACUUCGUGCGAAGUUGUACUAUCCCCUUCAAGUGCAGUGUCGCAUCAUUCUAGCAUGUUGCCUGCUGCACAAUUUGAUAAACAAGGAAAUGCCCAAUUGCGAUGACAUUGAAGACUUUGAUGAGGAGGAGUCUGCGUACGCCACGACCAACGCUAGAGAACACAUUCAGUACAUUGAGACCACAAACGAAUGGUCUUAA